UGAUCAUGUAAUGAAGUGAAAUGACUGAAAUGGGAGAGCACCUACACUUAGGUUAGGCCAAAGACCCCUCUACUCUUUACCUAUAUUCAAUGUUAAUUUUUAAUUUUUAAUUUUGUUAUUGUGUAGCCCUGGUAAUUUAGAGAAAAGUGUAAUUCGCGUAAUCUCUAGUUACCAUCAUUGUUAUCAUAAAUAAAAUGUUGCUACUAAGAAGGAGACGGAGUUUUGUGAAUUGUGAAGUAGUAUAAUUAUUUAUAAAUUGUGUUAUAACUUAAGACAAAGUGAUAUAAACAAUGUUGCAGCUGCAAACUUUUUGUAAGACACUGUUCCUGUUGAUUAUAUUAAGCGGAGCUCGCGGAUUUAAUUUAGAAGAUAGAGACCCUUUGGUUAAGAAAGCACCAAUAGAUCAACAAGGGUCCUAUUUUGGUUUUAGUGUAGCCCAACAUGGAACAGGGGAUUUAAAUAACAAUGUUGGUGAUAAUACGUACUGGAUGCUAGUAGGUGCUCCCUUAGGAAAAAAUCUACAACCAUUCACAAAUCAUUCAGGUGCUUUGUUUAAAUGUCCAAUCUCUAAAGAUGAUAAUGACUGUAUUCAAAUAGAAACUGAUGGAAAACGAAUCGAAGACUUCGAUUAUGGUGAUGAGGAAAUAGAUGAGUCGCAAUUAAAACCGCCUGGAACAGACGAAAUAAAAAAUGGACAGUGGUUGGGAGUCACAGUGAAGUCUCAAAAACCAGGCGGUAUUGUCUUAGUUUGUGCACACAGAUAUAUCAAAAGUGAAAAUCUAGCAAAGUUUCAUUACGGACAAGGUUUAUGUUACUUACUAGAUAAAGAUUUGAAUACAUAUGAAAGUUUAUUACUUUGUAAAGGUAGACCUAUGGAAAAGCUGCAUCAGCAGUUUGGUUUCUGCCAAGUGGGGACCAGCGCUUCAUUCGUUGGUGAAGAUUUUGCUUUAAUGGGCUCCCCAGGACCGUACACUUGGAGAGGCACAAUAUUCGGACAAAUAGUUAUCGGUGAAUACCUAAAUAGGGAUAAAACAAUAUACCACGGUCCUUUUGGUGAUAUAGAUUUGAUUGAAAAGUACAGCUACCUAGGUAUGAGCGUCGGAGGAGGACAUUUCUUUAGUAAAAAAGAAUAUACCUACAUUGCUGGGGCACCGCGAUCAAAAAUGGUAGGACAAGUUUAUUUCUUCAAAAAAGAGAAUACUAAUGAAGAGUUUAAUACUUCACUGAUUUUAACUGGUGAACAAUUUGCAGCUAGUUUCGGUUAUGAAUUACUUGCUACUGAUAUUAAUAACGAUGGAUAUGAUGAUUUAUUAGUUGGAGCUCCAUUUUAUUACAGUGACCGUAAGGGUGGUGCUGUCUAUAUUUAUUAUAAUAUCAAAGAGUGUACUCAAGAUAAUUGCCAGUGGGAUAAAGUUUUGUAUGGUAAAACACAAUCUAGAUUCGGAUUUUCAAUGACUUCACUCGGUGAUAUAAAUAAGGAUGGUUAUAAUGAUAUUGCUAUAGGAGCUCCAUACGAAGAUGAUCAUGGUGCUAUAUAUAUUUACUUAGGAUCAAGUAAUGGUAUCAGUGAUGAACCGUCUCAAAUUAUAAAGGAAAAGCAAAUAAAAACGCUGGGUUACUCUUUAAGUGGAGGUCUCGAUAUGGACAACAAUGGUUAUCCGGAUUUGCUAGCAGGUGCUUUUGAAUCCGACCGAGUACUAUUCUUCAAAACUCGUCCAAUUAUUGAUAUAAAAAUUGUAGUAAAGAGUGAGGAAUUAAAGAAUAUCAAUUCUACUAAAAAAGGUUGUUCCCACUCGCCUAGAAGCAAUUCUACAUGUUUUUCAUUCAGCACAUGCUUCUCAGUGGUUGGUAGUAUUAAACAGAAAUUUAACGUCAUUUAUAACAUAGCGGAAGAAAAGAAAAUUGUUAACAGAAUUUGGUUAGUAGACAAUGAGCAUCCAGAUAAGCGAAGCCCAUCGAAAACUAAAAUAGUUACUGUUAAUGGAUCUUCUGGACUCUAUUGUCAGGAUGAAACUGCAAACAUUAAAGAAGGUAUUAACGAUAUAUUAUCACCAAUCAAAUUUCGAGUUAAUUAUACUUUAGAAAACGAUUCCUUCCAUACUCCAAUUCUAAACAAAACAUCUGUAAAACUUAUUACGGCAACUUUCCAGAAAGAGUGUGGUGCAGAUGAUACUUGUGAAAGUAACUUAACAUUGAGUGCAGGAACAGACUUGUCUCAAGAUGAAACAGGUGCUUAUAAAAUUAACAAGAUUAAUGAAGAUUUUAUCCUGGAAGUGAACGUUUCAAAUACCGGCGAAUCAGCUUACGAAGCAAAACUAUUUGUUAUAUAUCCGAAAACUUUAAGCUACAUCGCUUUAAAAAACGACAGAAACAUAUCUGAUAGCGUAAAAUGUUUCUUCACCAAUGAAACUUUAGUAAUUUGUGAUAUUGGAAAUCCUCUACAAAAAGAUGCAAAAGUUAAUCUUAAACUACGAUUUGAAAUUUCUAAAGACAGUAAAGAUCAACAAAUUCUUUUGAGCUCCUUUGUGAAUUCCACUUCAACGGAACUAUCCAAGAAAACUUCGCAAACUGUCGUGGCGAUUUUGCAAAAAAUUGCCAAGUUCCAAAUUAGAGGGAAAGCUUCUUCGAAUUUGUUUUAUGGUGGAAGAGUUAUUGGCGAAUCUGCGAUUAAUCAUUUGGAUGAAGUCGGUGCCAGGGUUAUUCACAAAUAUCAAAUCGAUAAUAAUGGUCAGUGGGAUUUAUUAAACGUAAAGGUUUCCAUCAAAUGGCCAUUACAAGUAUCACCAGGACCGGCUCGUCCAAACAGACCAGGCAAAUGGCUGCUUUACCUAGAAAGUUUACCGCAAUUAUACGGAGUCAACAUAGAAGGUUAUUGUACAUUAUUAGGAGACACGAAACCUAAUGAACUAUCGCUUAACAUGUCUAAAGGCCAUGAUGAACCUGAAAACCUGAUGAUGUCUAACGAAUUUGACGAAUUUAACCAAACAACCCAUUAUAGAAGAAAAAGGAGUGCAAACUAUGUGGUACCGCAUAAUAUAACCGAACGAGGUGGGAAAAAGAGAAAAAUAGUAAUUAUGGAUUGCUAUUCAGGAACUGCCAAAUGCAUAGAUAUAUCUUGCACGAUAAGAAAGUUAACUAAAGAAAAUCAAGCCGAAAUAGAUAUAAAAUCUAGAAUUUGGAAUUCUACUUUAGUUGAAGAUUACAGCAAUUUAGAUUGGGUGGUAAUAAGAUCAACAGCAACUGUUGACAUUGAAGAUAAAUCGUUCAAUAUCAGUAGUGAAUCGAUAACGGAAUUUUCAGCAGAAACUAUCGCUUAUCCAGAAAUAGUUUCAGGCGAUACGGAAUUGAAUUGGGUCGUUAUCGGAGGUGCAGUUUUUGUGGGAUUAUUCCUUUUAAUUUUUCUUAUAUUCAUUCUGUAUAAAUGCGGAUUCUUUAAAAGAAAACGGGUUAGUAAAGAUCCGACGUUAUCGGGUAAUUUACAAAAAAAGGGAGAAGCCGAUCACCUACUUAAAGAGUAGGCAAUUUGUACUUAAAACUACGAAUAUCAUUUCCCGAAAUGUACUGCCUUGAAAGAGCAGAGAGGUACUUAAAACACUUCCAUGUAAAAAAAACCUAGAAACUAUAUUUUUUAUUAAAUAUAUUAUAUUGUUAUUUUUAAGCAACGAAAUAUUUCAAAGCUGUAUUAGUUAUUUUUGAAACAAAUGUUAUAUUUUUGUUAGUCGGUAGAAAUAAGCACAAAAUCAAAUCGCUUACGUUUAGUUUCAUGCGCUAAAUUUUCCUACAACCGUUCGCUGCAAGUGAGUGAAAUUAAUUUUGGCAGCUCAAGUGUGUAGAAGGUAAGCCACUCGAGUACACUUUCUCGGAUUUUUCCCAAGAUCUGGGGAAAUUUGUAGAAUAUAUCUGGCAACAUCGCACUGCAUGAAUCGAUGGUAAGUACGCCUAAUAAAUAACUAAUUAGAUGUUUCGUUGAGGAUUUAUCUAGAUAAAUCUAGACCAAUAUAGAGUGAUAAAAUGUUAUUUACCCAUAUUAUAUUUAUUAAAAUAAUAUAACGUUAUGGUUCCAUUUACUUGUUCCAAUUAUAAUUUGGCAGUGCGUCCCUGGUGUUCAAUAUAUUUUACGUUAGUUGAUGUUGCUGGCCGACAGAUUCAAUAGUUAUUACGCCCUGAAUUUACGUAUUCGGACGGUCGGAUCGGGAGACUUCGUCCCGCUUGUAGGUGUCAGAUACGGAAUUUUUACAUGUAAGGGGUACAAAAAUUUCAGUCUUGUUAUUUUGAGCAUGGGGUAUUAAAUCACUGCAACCUAAAAGAUCUAUUGUUCAUAUUUGGCUAUUAUUUUUAAAAUUUUAAAUAAGUGAAAAUUUUGUCAAUCUAAUUGUCAGUAUAUUUUUUAGUUACUGAAAUUAAAUAUAAUUAAAAAUGAGUUAUACUACGUGAAGAAUCGAUAAAUAAUUACAUUUCACAAGAUAUAGGUCUAUAUUUACAAAUAAAUCAUAAAUUUUAAUAAAACUAAGAAAUCAAUUUGAUUAGGAGUAUU